AUGGCAAACAACUUCUUUUUGAAUGGAGAGGUUCUUUAUAAGAGUACACCCGAUCUGGAAUUACCGAGAUGUGUGGAUGCUGCAGAAGCCACAAGAUUGCUUGAAGAAGUGCAUGCUGGAGUGUGUGGGACUCACAUGAAUGGGUUUACGUUAGCAAAGAAAAUCCUAAGGGAGGGAUACUUUUGGAUGACUAUGGAAAGUGAUUGUAGACGAUUUGUCCAAACAUUUCAUAAAUGCCAGGUACAUGGAGAUCUGAUCAAAGUACCACCCCACGAGCUCAAUGUGAUGAGUUCCCCUUGGCCAUUUGCAGCCUGGGGCAUGGAUGUUAUUGGACCGAUUAAGCCUGCUGCCUCCAAUGGUCAUAGGUUCAUUUUGGUCACCAUUGAUUAUUUCACAAAGUGGGUGGAAGCUGCUUCCUACAAAGCUGUGACAAAGAAAGUUGUGGCCGAUUUUGUUUGCAACAAUUUGAUAUGUCGUUCUGGAGUUCCAGAGUCUAUCAUCAUAGACAAUGGAGCAAAUUUGAAUAGUCACUUGAUGAAAGAGAUAUGUUACCGCACCACAAUCCGAACCUCAGCUGGAGCAACUCCUUACCUAUUGGUAUACGGAACAGAAGCAGUGAUACCAGCUGAAGUUGAGAUACCAUCUUUAAGGAUUAUUCAGGAAGCUGGAUUGAGCGAUGCCGAAUGGGUUCGUGACCGAUAUGAGCAAUUGGCAUUGAUUGAUGAGAAAAGAAUGAGUGUUGUUUGUCAUGGCCAAUUGUAUCAACAGAAAAUGACUCGCGCUUUCAACAAGAAAGUAAGAGUUCGAACAUUUGAGGUAGGCCAAUUGGCGUUGAAACGCAUUUUCCCUCAUCAAGAGGAAUAUAAAGGGAAAUUCGCACCUAACUGGCAAGGACCGUAUGUCGUCCACAAAGUACUACCAAGAGGAGCUUUGGUUCUAGCAGAGAUGGACGGUCGGGUGUGGCACAAAGCUAUCAAUUCAGAUGCCGUCAAGAGAUACUACAUUUGA